AUGCCAUCAAAGCACGUCCACUCGUCGGACGUCUUCGACCCUAGUCACAAUGAGAAGAGACAGAGGUCUUUUCUUGGAGCAAGCGAGAGCGCUACACUCGAGGACACUGCAAGCUCAGCCGGCACCCUUCCGCUUCUAGAAGAUCUUCCAGCCAGUCGUGCUGCAACAAUCCUUGACGACGUAGAACGUGGACACAGUAAAGGGAGAACAACUCCAGAGUCGCAAGCUCUUGGGCAGCAAGGGCCUGCUAGUGACAGCAAGUGGGACAGAGGUGAGAGUAUAAGCAGUGCCAGCGGCAGCGACAGCGACAGCGACGCCGCGGCUCAACCGAAGAACGCCGCCAAGGACCAGCCAAAGCCGGUGAACGCAACCAGUACGGCAACAAAUCCGCUUGUGAAUGAGGAAAGGCAGCUUGUAGCCGCAAUGCUGGUCGUGGAAAGCCUAAAGCGGCCGUGGAACUCACUCGACGCUGAAAGGGCCGACUACUCUUCACUAGACGUCAACCAAGUGAGCCGCAAUGGCACACGACGGACCUCAUCGCCCAGACUGCGUCCUUCUGACACCAGCUACGCAACUAAAACCCGCUGUACCCUCCCGCCAGUUCGCAGUGCGAUCUUGGGUGAGAUAUCCGGCCGUGACCUUGCUGCUGUUACUUUCGUCAAGGAAACCGCCGCCGCUGAAGCGGCCAAGAGUCUGAAUGGGGUUAAGUUCAACAACCGCCCAUUGAAGGUUGAAGUCAUGCUCAAUCAGCAGAACUUCUUGUCUACUGAGCUGGUCAAGAGCCUCAGCGAUCGUGUCUCUCAACCGAAGAACGCCACCAAGGCCCUGCCAACGCCGGCCACCGACCCAGACGCCUCACGAAGAUACGACCAAGACCUCACUCCAGAUCUUUCAUUAUAG